CAAGAUGGUGGCUUCGCACAACAACCAGCGAGCGGCACAGCUGGAAAGAAGAAGCGCGCAUAUGCUGGGCAGGCAUAUGAGUUCGGCGCAGGUGGAAAUGCGAUAUCUGGAGGAGCUCCUCCAGCGGGAUCGCCAUAUCCAGGUCAGCAGCCGCCGAUGAUGGGAGCACCUGGCUACCCUACCCCAGGACAGCCUCCCAUGCCUCAGCAGGGAGUCGCUGGCAUGACACAGCAGUUUGCACAGAUGGGAAUGGGAGGAGCACAACCUCCACAACCGAUGCCACCUCAGCAGCAACAAGGCGUGCAGAUGCGGCUAAAUCCUCUCCAGCCUGUGGACAUCAGCAUGCAAGGCCAGCCAUUCCACGUUACCGACUUGGAUCAACCUCCGCCUCCAAUAAUUCUGCCUCCGAAUUCAUCUGUCACACCUUCGCCACAUGCCAACUGCUCACCAAAGUAUGUGCGAUCCACACUCAACGCCAUGCCAGCUACGAAUUCACUUCUCAAGAAGAGCAAGCUGCCUUUUGCUUUGAUCAUUCAGCCCUAUGCCGCUCUUCACGACUCCGAGGAUGAUGUUCCAGUGCAAUACGACCAAGUCAUUGCACGAUGCCGAAGAUGUAGGACCUAUAUGAAUCCAUUUGCGAGCUUCCUGGACCACUCUCAUCGAUGGAGAUGUAACAUGUGCAAUCUCACCAAUGAUGUUCCGCAAAGCUUUGAUUGGGACAGCGUGAAGCAGCAAUCAGUCGACCGAUGGCAACGGCCAGAAUUGAACUACGCAGUCAGCGAAUUUGUUGCACCACAGGAGUACAUGGUCCGAGCGCCGCAACCACUGAUCUACCUCUUCUUGUUCGACGUAAGCUAUGCUGGUGUUACAAGCGGGCUUUUGGCAACAGCUGCAAGAUGUGUUUUGGAAAGUCUUGAUCGGAUACCAAACACCGACCGAAGAACGCGACUUGGUUUCAUGGCCGUAGACAGCUCGCUACACUACUUCAGCAUUCCUCGUGAUGGCGGAGAGAGCAAUGAUGCGAAGAUGCUGGUGGUGAGCGACCUCGAUGAGCCUUUCCUGCCUACUCCGGAAGAUCUUCUGGUCAAUCUGACGGAAUGUCGAGCGAACAUCGAGGCCUUCCUGGGCAAGUUACAGGGCAUGUUCGCCAACACCACGAAUUACAGCUCCGCCAUGGGUUCAGCGCUCCGUGCAGGCCACAAGCUGAUCAGUCAUGUUGGCGGAAAGAUGGUUGUCCUCUCCGCGACUCUGCCGAAUGUUGGUUUCGGCAAGCUUGACAUGCGGGAAGACAAGAAGCUGCUCGGCACUUCAAAAGAAAACAGCUUACUUCAGACGCAGAGCAGCUUCUACAAGAGCUUUGCCGUCGAGUGCAGCAAGACCCAAGUAUCGAUCGACAUGUUCCUGUUUAGCGCACAGUAUCAGGAUGUGGCUAGCUUGAGCAAUUUGCCAAGAUACACGGGUGGUCAGACCUACUUCUACCCAGCAUGGAACGCCGCGAGGACAGAAGACGCCAUCAAGUUCGCGACCGAGUUCAGCGACUACUUAUCUUCGGAGAUCGGACUGGAGGCUGUCCUGCGUGUGCGCACUACCACAGGACUGCGACCAAGUGCAUUCUACGGAAACUUCUUCAACCGAUCGAGUGAUCUGUGCGCAUUCCCAGCAAUGCCAAGAGAUCAAGCAUACGUCGUCGAAAUCGCCAUCGAUGAAAGCGUUACAAAGGCUUUCGCAUGCCUGCAAGUGGGUGUGCUGCACACCACAUGCAAUGGCGAGAGACGCAUUCGCGUAAUGACGCUCAGCAUACCUGUAACGCAGAACAUGGCGGAUGUCUAUGCAUCUGCCGAUCAGCAAGCUAUCACGCACUAUUUUGCACACAAGGCUGUCGAGCGAGCUUUGAGCAGUGGUCUCGAUGCUGCACGCGACGCACUACAAGGCAAGCUCGUCGAAUUACUACAGACCUACAAGAAAGAGCUUGGAGGUGGCAACAUGGGCGGUGGUGGGUUACAAUUUCCUGCCAACCUCCGCGCAAUGCCCAUGCUCUUCCUUGGCCUCAUGAAACAUCUCGGCCUCCGCAAAUCUGCUCAGAUUCCAACAGAUCUUCGCAGCGCUGCUCUCUGCCUCCUCUCGACAUUGCCACUGCCACUCCUAAUGCAGUACAUCUACCCACGAAUGUACUCCCUCCAUGACAUGCCCGACGACGCCGGCCUUCCACACGCGGAAACAGGCGCAAUCGUCAUGCCUCCCCCUCUCAACCUCACAUCCGGCAACAUCGUCCCAUACGGCCUAUACCUCAUCGACGACGGGCAAACACAAUUCCUCUGGCUCGGCCGCGACGCCGUGCCCGCGCUCAUCAACGACGUUUUCGGCAUCGAAGACAAAAACCAACUCAAGCAAGGCAAAACCUCUCUGCCCGUCCUCGACACGGAAAUGAACGAGCGCGUUCGCGCCGUCACGGAGAAGUCGAGGGAUCACCGCGGUAAGGGUUGUGGUAGUAUUGUCGUCCCGCCUCUGUACUUGAUUCGAGAGGAUGGGGAGCCUUCGUUGAGACUUUGGGCUCAGACUAUGUUGGUGGAGGAUCGUGCUGAUCAGGGGGUUUCUGGGGCGAUGUUUGUUGGGAUGUUGAGGGAGAAGGUUGUUUCGUAGAGACAAAGGGGGAUGCAAUUUUUUUUUGUGGGUGUGGGGUGUGUGAGAGCGUGCAUUUUGACAAGUCAGCAUGCGUCCGUAUAGCAGACAGACGUGAGCAAGCACGAUUGAAAGUUAGCAAGGCAGUUAGGUGAUGAUGGACACAAGAUAUUGUAGGGUGCGUGGAUGGGUGGGUUGUGGGGUUGUGUUGAGAGAGAGAGAGAGAGAGAGAGAGGAGUCGUCAGUAGAAUAGAAAGAUGUGAAAACAUGUCGAAAGGAAAAG